AUGGCGAUUGGACGUAAGAGGAAGAAGAGAAGUACUGGAUGUUCAUCUUUGGAUGAAAUAUCCCCUUCAGUGUCUCCAACUGAGAAUGAAUUUUCUCUUCUUCCAAGUGGUACCCGAGAAGAACAACAAGGGGAAACAAAUUCUCAGGAGGAAAGUCUUUCACAUGUAAACAAGAGAACAAGAAAUGACAAUGAAACUGAAGAAAGUACAAGUCUUACAGAGAACAAUACUAACAGUGAACCAGCUAAUGAAGAGCCUCAUUCUGAAGAAACUGCAGCAGACAGAGAACCAAUCAGUGUUGAAUCACCCACAGAAUCACACUCACCAGAUGAUGUUACAAUUAUUGGUGACAUGCGGGUUGCAAGGCCAGAAGUUAUUGACUUAGAUAAACUUCCAACAAUAAGAAGAGGUGGCUCAGUAGUGGUUGAUUUGACUAAUGACUCAGGUUACCAUCACAGUAAUGUGGUAGAUUUAACCAGAGACAGUUCGACAGAUUCUUCUAUUGAUUCCAGUCCUGUUAUUGUGUGUGUAAAUAGAAUAUACCGUGGAGAUCCAGCAAUGGAACUGCCAUCUUGUCGUUUCUCACAUUCGGGUGUGCUGGGCAGAACUUUAUCCGACACAGAUGAUGAUAUAUUAGAAGUAGCAGAAAGCAAUGAAGCAAAUGAAGAGAACACAAGUGGAAUAGAAGCUUCAACGUCAAAUAGUGAAGAUCCAGCAGGAAAAGUACCUUCUAAGAAAAUAUGUUGUCCUAUCUGUUUGGAUGAUGAAGAAACAAUUAAAAGGAGGAAGAGAAGAUUAAUGUCAACAAAUUGCGGACAUGUUUUUUGUGACAAAUGCAUAAGAAGUGCGGUUCAGAUGCAGAGUAAAUGCCCAACAUGUAGAAAAAAACUGACUUUAAGACAGUUUCACCCAAUAUUUUUAUAAUUUAUAUUAUUAGGAAUUUACUGGCACUACCUCAGCAUCGAUUUGUAGCUACAAGAUAAUUGUGUCACACCUUGUCACUUACCUUGCAUCUCAUCUUAAAUGACAGCAUUUGACAAAUUGAAUAAACCCAGCUUAACUGUUACUUAGAACAAAAUACUACAGUUGAAAAUGAUCAUUUUUUUUUAUAUUUAAGAGAAACUUUUCUGAGCUCACGAGUAUCUUGCAAUGCAUAAAUGUUUCCUUUGUAGAUGUAUCACAGUACAGUCUGAGAUGGGACCAGUAUUAGAGACAAAAAGCAUUGAUUUGUUGAAGGACCCUAGCUAAAGGGGGUUUUACUUUAGUUGAAAAUUGCAAUGACAAAAAGAAGCUCUGGUAGAGAAAUUUAGAGGUUGUUAUGCCUAGUGACAUAAUUUGUAAAAAGGGAAAAAUAGAGUAGUUUUAGCUAUUAACAAAUAAUUUAAUGUCAAGAUUUGCUAGGAAUGAACAGACAUAGAACUCUCCGACACCUGUGUUGGAAAAAUUGUAUUUAAUAAGUUCUUGAGGUCUUUUACACUGCUACUAAAACAACCGGUUUGAUGCUAAAUAUGUUUAUUUAGGUUUGAUAUCUGGAUUAAAGUGUUUCAGGUUGUGUUUGUUUUAA